UCCUUUCCUUCUUACUUCCAUGACCGUACAGUGAUUCUCUCUUAUAUCUCGUGCAUAUCCUCUCUCCCAGCGAUGGCCGCCGUAGCAUCCUGCUCUUCCAACCUCUUGGCUGCCCCUAUACCUGGGCGCGUCGUACGCUUCGACAACGAAUGCAUUCUCAUACCAGAAUGUCGCUCCAAGAGGCCUAUUGUGUCGAUGAAGUCGUACGCUAUACCUCUUUGGAAACGGAAAUCACCAAGCCCUAGUCCCCAAGACGAGAAGGAGAGGGUUACAGAGAUCAUUGUUGACAGUGACCCACCAGAGGAGAAGGAGCACGUCAUUUUCAAGGUCUCCGUCCCUAGCUUCAAGCCACGUCAAAGCCGCGGACGAUUACACACAGCGGAACCUCUUACCCCAUGUCUCGUGGACCGUUCGACGGCGGCCAGCCAAUCCCAGCCUUCGCCUUCCCCCUUCCCUGUACCCCACUCGCGAACCCUCGUGCGGUCCCCUUCCCUACCCAUCCCACCGGCGAAACACAUCAUCACCGUACCUCUGCGCGCCUGCUGUCCCAACUGCUACCCCAUAACCGAGAAAUCCCUUCGUGAGGGCGACAACUGGGAGACGAAAUUCUCCACCGGUGCACGGAGACGGCGAAGCACCAGUCUUGACGGUAUCACCGCCCCAUUCAACCUUGCCGAUGUCGAAGAAGCUUUGUUCCGCGUUAACGUAACCGUCGACGAGGUGGACACGUUGAAGCAGAGACGGUCGCAGGAGAUUACUCCCGAGCCUGUUCCUAUCGAGGUGGAGGAUGAUGAAGACCAGCUGUUUCCUCUCCCUCUGCCGCGUCGUUUGCCCGGUGAUUCCCCCAUCCCGAGUCCGAAGACGUGUUUGGACUUGACAUCGAAGAAUGAUUCUGAAGAGAGUAUCAUUGGGAAGAGCAUCUCGCGAAGGAAUCGUUGUGAGAAAAGCUCGUUGAUACCCGAGGCCGCAUACCCAUCGAGAGAGUGCUCGAGUUCAAGCUCCAGCUCGCAGCAGACUCACGAAAGGCCAUCUCCGUCGUCGUCACCGUCUUCUUCAUCUGCUUCUUCCAAACAUCGACGGCUAAUGUCAGAUACCGUGAUGUUCAGUUCUUCCCCUUGGAUGCCACCCCGCUUGGCAGCACCUACUUUGAGACCGACGCCGAAGCGUAGUUGGUCUGCGGUAUUCAAAGGUGUCGUUGCGAUGUCUUGACAUUCCCCCUUCAUUUUUUACGAUACCCAUUUCUACUGUACCUGGUUGUCACGUAAUCUUUGUUGUCUAUUCGUUGUCAUCUGUCUAUCAUUUUCUUUUUGAUUCCGGCGUACAUACACACACACAUCUGUAGCCUAGCGUAGCAUCGAACAUUCAUAUAUCCACAAUAACAUAGCAAUAUUCUCUUGGG